GCGUUGAAAAAACGCGUGACUAAAUUAAUACGAUAUGAUGCACGGUUGUAUAUAUUGAAUCGCUCAUUAUAUUUGUUGUUCAAUCAACUUCGCAAAACCCCAAAACUGAUAAGGAUUAAAAAAAAAAAACUAAACCUAGGUGAAUCCAAUCAGUGUGUGUUUGAUCCAAAUUAAGGAAGAUGGAGGGUGGAAAUAACAAACAUGAUGGUUCGGACGACAAGGACAAAGGGCUGUUAUCUAAUCUUGCUGCGUAUGCUGCUGGAGCAGGACAUUAUCCUCACCAUGGAGCUUACCCUUCUGCACCAUAUCCUCCCCAUGGCUACCCUCCAGCUGGUUAUCCUCCCUCAGGGUAUCCUCCGUCUGGAUAUGGCUAUCCUCCCUCAGGGUAUCCUCCGCCACACGGAUAUCCUCACGGAGGGUAUCCCCCUGCAGGGUACCCUCCUCAACAUGGAUACCCCCCGGCAGGUUAUCCUGGCGCAUCUCAUUCAGGGCAUGGAAUGGGAGGACUCCUUGCCGGAGGUGCAGCUGCAGCUGCUGCUGCUUAUGGUGCUCACCACAUGGCUCAUGGGAUGUACCGUCCUCAUGGUGGUUUCUUUGGCCACCACGGGAAGUUUAAGCACGGGAAGUUCAAGCAUGGCAAGUUUGGGAAACGCUGGAAGCACGGCAUGCAUGGGAAGCACAAAUUCAUGAAAAGAUGGAAGUGAUGCCACAAAGCAUCCCUUGUUUAUCUUGUAUUGCUGCUGUGCUGCUAUUGUUUUACUUUGUUUCUCUGAUUAUCUCAAACAUAUUUCUUCCAUUAUGGUUCUGUAUAGAUAUGCAGUUAGCUACUGAAUAUUCUGUUGGUGAUAUUUCUGAACAUAUGUGAUUUGCUGAAGCAGAGGUUUUGCACAUAAUAUUGUGUACUUGAACAUGAAUGAUUUCCAGACUAUGUUAUAUUCAUCCGAACUAGUGUACUUUCUGAGUCACUCAUUGGAACA